AUGCUCACCCUUCUCAGCCAGGACCGCUGGAUCAGGAUGCAAGGCGAGGUCGACCAUCUCAAAGCCGUCACGUCCGGCAAGUGGCUGCAGGACGGGACGGCGUGGCAGAGCUACGUCACGGCGAUUGCUACCGUCGUUGCCUGUCUCGGUGCUGCUUUGGCGAGCCACGUUUCGCAGUUUGGCAAGAUCCUGCUCAUCUGUCUUCUGACAGGGUCCAGCGGCCUGGUGGCGAUAGCCAAGACAUCUACGGAUGUGCUGCAGAUGCACGGCUUCCUGGUCAAGGUUCCCCGGCGGGAUGAGUACGGGCGACGACUCGGAGUUGCUCAUGAGCUCAUCGUGAAGAGUGGCCGCAGUGACUGGGCGGUGCGAAUCCGGAAGGUCCUUUGCCGGGUCACGAGGGAACUGCCGAGGUUGUCAUGUGCUGUAUGGGAGACACGUAGUCUCGACUUGAGGGAGGAUUAUCUUGGUACAUGUGUGCGACUUGAGCUCAACGGACCAGACGUCGCAGCACUCACGCGUAAAUAG